ACGGUAGCAGCAAGCUGUCAGAUCUUUCGCUUAUGUGCCGAUCCCUAACCAGUCAGCAUGGCUCUCAGCGGCGCAAAAAGAGCAGGCUGUCCAGCGCGGGAAACGAGGACUCCAAAAAAUCUGGAUCCUUGCAUUCGGCUUUUCAAAUGUACUCGCCCUUUAGCUCCAAGGAGAAUUUGGAGUCGGGCGAUGACAUGCAGGCAGCUCGCCUCGGCAUAGUGCGUGAUCAGGACUCGCUGGGUACUGAUGCGCAGCCCAGCGAUUCAAUUAUCAUGCCCCUCUGCGGUGAAUUAAAUACAAUAAACGCCAUUUUGGAAGAGGAAGGGGAGAGCCUAGAAAAUAAAACGAGUGAAUCUAUUAAAGAGACAACCAAAGGUCCAACGACCACAUCGGUGGACAGUGGAAGACAUGAAGAUGAUGUCAGUUGCCAAAAGGGCAGAGGUGAUGACAGCAGUGGCAGCGGCAGGGGCGGAAGCAAUCGAAUAAAAAGGAACCUCAAACACACGGGCAGCCUCAUUGUGCGCAAACUAACAGCCUUCAGGCAUGGCGGUUCAGACAAAAAGGGUGCGUCUAGGACAAGCACAAUAUCAAAGGAGCCACAGGUCCCACCCGAACAGCAUGGACAGCAUCCAGUGGCCAAGGAAGAGGAAAAACCAAACACCAAAUCGCAUGUGGCAAUGCUACGCACCACAACUCUCUAAAUAUAAUAGAACCGGGUCGUAGCAUGCGAAAUUACUUUAAUUGUGGGGGGGAUAUGUAGUCUGUACGUAUCUAUUGUAUGUAUGUAUGUUUGCUAAAUAUUUGGGUCAAUGCGUACUAAAGGGCCACACAGAAUCUCAAGUAAAAAAAAUACAUGUUAGUGUCCUUCAUUGGUAUAAACUACAUGCUCGCAGAACAAUCGAGCAGAUGAGCUCUGCUCUGAUAUAUAUGUAUCUACUUUGAAAAUGCAUUAGAACCCACAUAGAUACGCACAUAUUUACAUAGAAUACAGUAAUUGAUAGGAACCUAGGGAAGGCCUGCGGACUAUAGGCUCGAAUCGACAAAAUUAAAGUAAAUAUAAUCAUGACAGAUCACACAAUUCAAUAAAAGAAUAAUAAUAAAUAUUAACAAGAAGAAAUCAACGCUCUAUAAACUGCAUUUAUGUGUCGAUAUCCAGUAAAAUAAAUUGCUUGGCAAGAAAACGAUCAAAGUACACAAUAUACAUACACUGAUAUCCAAGUUCGGGUUGUUUCAUUUUUAAGAAAUAAUUUAAACAACGUUGAUUGACAAACUUUAGGGCAGCAUCAGGUAUCAAUGCUUGGAUUGCAGUUCGAAAAACAAAGCUCUUCUUCUACAGCAUGAAAAAUGCCCAACGGCAUCUAUUGUAAAUGUUAAGACAUGCUCGAAUACGGUAGUUGGUAUAAAUUGGUACUUAUAACUGAAGAUUUGGUUAAUUUCAUUCAAUUUGAACAGUUCAUAGAACACAGACGAGAAUUGUACGUAUAUUAUUGUUAAGGCUACAAGUUUACUCAACCUAUCCGAAAUCCGAAAUAUGUAAAACUCAGAAGCAAUUACGACCGAUUGUUAGCUAGUUUCCACUAAGCUCAACUUUGCUUGCAUAGCCCGAAGAGAUAGGAAUAGAGGCUCGGGCUCUAUGCGAUUGUUGAAUGUUUCAGAAUCAGACUUUUAUGUGUUAUGGAAAAGUAAAUGGGUUUUAUUAAAGCAGAACCGAUCUCAAGUGAGAUGUAGAAAAA